AAUUAAAAAUAGUAUAUACUAGUUUGUCAAAUUAAGGAAAGAAAAAAAGGAAAUUAGAGGGGGUUAGGAUAGUAGGAAGAAGAAGUUUCCGGGUGGUGUGUUGAAGCAAACUCGUAUUUCUAGAGGCAAAGCAGUCAAAUUUAUCCAGAAAGAAAACGACCUGUGUAUAUUUUCUCAUCCAAUUUAAAGAAAUUUCAAUUUUCUUGUUCUUUGUAUAUACUAUAUAAUUAAACAAUUGCUUGCCUUGAACGUUCAAUUUGAUGCUAAUUUUAAUAAAUUGAAGACAACACAACACUCCUUUAUUGAAAUCUUCGUUCGGUCCGUAUUUUUACGUUUUCAAGAUUUAUAAAUUUCCGAAUCGGAUCGAUCAGAAAUGGGUCAAAAAGAUGAGCCUGUCGUCGGAGUGCCGUACUAUGCGGGUCACAACCUGUAUCAAGCCGGAGCUAUCCCGCCAAACGCUGUAUUCGGCGAUCCGAAAGGAAUUCCGAUUGAGCAGACUAUGUAUCGGGACACUCCUGCUCCUUUUAACUGUGUUUUCUGCGGUAGUUCUGGUCUCACUCUUGUUAGAUCGAAGCUUAGUCUGGCGGCUGUUGUUGGUUGUAUGAUGCCGUUUAUGCUUGGAUGUUGCUUUCUUUGCCCUUCCAUGGACUGUCUGUGGCAUAAAUAUCACUAUUGCCCUAGCUGCAAAGAAAAAGUUGCGGACUUUGAGAAGUCGGAUCCUUGCUUAGUGAUGGAUCCGCCCCAGUGGACGCAGCAGAGCUUUGCAUUGCCUGCAUGAAAUAAUAAGUAAAGCCUAUGAUUUGUGGACUGCGCCUGGCUGAAAGUGUAUGCUUAACGUGCGAUUUGUCAUUCACUUGCCGAAGAAGCGGACAUCUUUUAGCUGCUAUAUCUGUACAAGGUACUGUAAAGAGUGAUUUCUGGGUACAAAUACUUUUCGGAGUUGUAGUGUAUUUCUAUACGGUCUGGAGUUUUAUAAGCUUUGAACAAAGCAUCUUGUUACUAGAAGUUAAGAGUAAAUACUACUAUACUAGUUCAGUUGUGCCGGGUGCUGUCAAUUACAUGAUAUCUUUUUUAGAUUAGCAUAAUACAUAAGAAUAUCGAGUCCCAUGACUCUUAAUGGGCUACCAUGGGCUUGGCAGUGAGUUCCUGCCCUAUGAAAUGGUCAAGAGCAAUCUUUGUUCAAUUCUAAGUCCCAUCAAUCAGUGUCCAGAAAGUUGUGGAUUUGUUAGAUUAGAAUUUAGAAGUGAUGAGUUGUUAUAUAUAUUUCCUUAUCUUAAUUACCUUCUUCUGUAA